AUGUGUCCUCCUUUAGAAAAGGUCAACACCAAAGGGGCUCAGAAGAAACCGAUUACCAAACAACAAAGAUCAACAAAGCGUGAUUCGUCUUACUGGGAGUAUGUUGAUGCUUUACAUUCUGUACAAAAUAAUAAUUCUUCAGUCAAACGUAGUGUAUCAUCAUCUGACCAGACAAUUCCAAGAAGGACUAUGUCGAUGUUGGAUCAAUUUCAUCCAUGCAUUCACGAUUCCAUUGAAAACAUUGUUGAUGUCAUAGUUGACGGUAACUGUGAAUAUCGUGCAAUUGCUGCCUUAUUAGGUAUGGGUGAAGAUUCAUGGUCGCUGGUGCGCAACCAUUUGCUUAAAGAACAUGUCAAAUGGUCUCAUGAGUAUAUCAACCUCUUUGGUGACAUAGACAGAUUUGAGGAAUUAAAGAGGUUUAUUUAA